GCAACCUUCCCUCCGUACCAGAGCAAGCGAAGGUGCUAGGAUGGCCUCUUUGUAAAGUCCUCUAAUUUCUUCCAUUCGGUUCGGUCUGGAUCUGGUCUUGAGCCGGCCUGCUCCUUUAUCUUCUCUCCAGCCAGACCUUGCCAGCCCUUCACUGUACCACCAUUACUUGUUUUAAAAAAUUCCCCAAAAAAAUUGUAAGCUUUUGGAGGAAAACCCAAAAAAAAACAAAACAAAGAGGGUGUUUUUUUUUCCAGAUUAUUUUUUCUCUCUUUUGUAAAAUUUAGAGCACUAUGGAAGGUUUGGUCCGCCAGAUCGCCCUACCACUGAUCUUGGUCGCAGUCAUCGCGAUAUCAACAGCCGAUGCCCACAUCGCUCACCAUGACGACUACUGGACCCAGCGAGCCGAGGAGGCCCGGCAAGCCGCGCUUGACACCUACCACGCUGAGCCCUUUAACAUCACCGAUCAGUUCAACGCGGCCGUCCACGAGCAUGAGGAAGCUGAGAAUAGCACGAGGCGGCACCUGGCAAAGUACACGGGUGAGUGCGUGGCCACGAACCCGAUCGACCGGUGCUGGAGGUGCGACAAGUUCUGGCACCUGAACCGGAAGAAGCUCGCCAACUGCGCCCUAGGGUUCGGCCGGAAGGCGUUCGGCGGGAAGCGCGGAAAGAUCUACGUCGUCACCGACCCGUCCGACGACGACCUGGUGAACCCCAAGCCCGGCACGCUCCGGUACGCCGCGAUCCAAGACCGGCCGCUGUGGAUCAUUUUUGCCCGCGACAUGAUCAUCCGUCUCAGCGAAGAACUCCUCAUCAACAGCAACAAGACCAUCGACGGCAGGGGCGCCAACGUGCACAUCGCGUACGGCGCCGGCCUCACCAUCCAGUUCGUCAAGCAUGUCAUCAUCCAUGGCCUCCACAUCCAUGACAUCAAGGCCGGAAAUGGCGGGAUGAUCAGGGACUCCGAGACCCAUUUCGGGCUGAGGACGAGGAGCGACGGCGAUGGCAUCUCCAUCUUUGGAGCUAGCAACGUUUGGAUCGACCAUAACUCCAUGUCCAACUGCAUGGAUGGCCUUGUUGACGCCGUUGAAGGGUCCACGGGCAUCACCAUCUCCAACAAUCACUUCACCAACCAUAAUGAGGUGAGUCUCAUGGGUGCAAGUGACAGCUACUCACCAGAUUCCAUCAUGCAAGUAACCUUUGCAUUCAACCACUUCGGAAGAGGCCUUGUGCAGCGCAUGCCCAGGUGCCGGUGGGGAUUCUUUCAUGUGGUGAACAAUGACUACACCCACUGGCAGAUGUAUGCAGUUGGUGGAAGCCAGCACCCAACAAUCAUAAGUGAAGGCAAUCGCUACAUUGCCCCAGAGCUUGAUUAUGCCAAGGAGGUGACGAAGAGGGACUAUGCUCCAGAGAACGUUUGGAGCAAGUGGAUAUGGAGCUCGCAGCAGGACUACUUUUUGAACGGAGCGUUCUUUAGGGCUUCAGGGCCGACGUUCAAGAACCGUUACUCCAAGGCUCAAAAGAUCACGGCCAAGAACGGCACAUUUGUCGGCAGGCUCACACGCUUCGCCGGCGCACUCAACUGCAAACCUAUGGUGAAAUGUUGAUCACCAAAACCCCCUCGAUCCGGAGGGGAGAGAGUGAGUGAGUGAGAAAGAGAGACAGCAAGCUGAGAGAGAGGGAUAGAGAGAAGCAGAGAAGAGGCUGAUUUCUAGAGUUCAGUUCUUUCAUUGGUUGGUUGGUCGGUGGUGGUGUAUGGUUAUCUUAAGAAAAUGACAAUAUUUAAUACUUGCCCCAUCCUUCUACCUUUUUUCCAUUUCUUGUUCCUUCUUUUCCUCUCAUUCGCCAUAGACAAGUCGUUAUAUGUGGCAUCAAUGUUUCUCUCUUUCUCCUUGUAGCAAGUCGCAGUACCACGUAUGAUGUAGUGAAUGGUGUCAUGCUUUUCAUGUUUAUGAAAAGCUACUUGUGAGUCUUGUAUGUGUCCAAAAAAGUAGACAUGAAAACACUUCGGUUGUUAUUGCAUUAUUUAUAUGAAAAAGAAUUCCAUUUUCA